AUUGUCGUUUCUUGUUACUGUUCUGCGAAUUGAUGCAAAUAGACAAUAGUGGCAAAUGAUUAUGUAGUAAGUGUAGGGAAUUCGAUAAAUAAACGAUAAAAAACAUAGAUAAUUUAUUCAGAUGAAAUAAGAGUCGUCAUUUCUAAGAAUUUUCAUCAAAUAGUAGCUUUGAUUUUUUGGAUGCUACAAGGGAGAAUAUGUAAAGUACAAAAAUAACGUUCAAUCAUAUUCACUCUUUAUUCUUCGUUGCCGUAUGCCAAAUUGAGUGAUAUAAUAAACAAGAUGAACUUUGGAGUGGAUUGGGAUGUUGAACAUCGACGUAUUUUGCUGGAUGGAAGUGCAGUAUUAGAACGUUCGGCACAAUCAGUCGCAAGAUCGCAAGUUGUCGCAGCAGAGAAUGAGCAAAUUGGUACAGAAGUGAUCUCUGAAUUAGGUGAACAAAGAGAUCGUCUCUUGCGCGCAAAAAGGAGAUUGUCACAGACAGAUGAGGAAUUGGAUAAAACGAAAAAAAUUCUGAAUGUUAUGCGACUAAAGGUUUUGACAAACAAAAUUGUGUUAAUCUUGAUUAUUUUACUGGAAUUAAUUAUUCUUGGUAUAAUUGUAUACUUAAGAUUUUUUCACAAAUGA